AUAAUAUGUUAGAGAGACAGAUAGAGAGAGAGAGUGUGUGUGUAUAUAGUAAAUAUAUUAUAAACAAAAUAUAUACAUAUAUAUCUUCACUAAUGAACCUAACUAAAAGACGGAGAGUCAACUAAAUGCUGAUCAUUAGAGCCAAUAAGCGUGUGCGUGUGUGUGUUUGUGUGUUUACUUACUUCUUCGGUUGAGAUCAUCAUCAUCAUCAUCAUCAACAACAACAUCAACAACACCAGUUUUUGCUGAACCUUAGAGCCAUAUAGAUGCCUUGAAAAGAAUGUAUAGACUAAAACUAUAAACCCCAAAAGCUUUAUGUUUGAAUCAUUUAUGUUGACAACAAAAGGAGAAUUAAAAGUCCGCCUUCCACCCACCCUUAGGCUACAGAAGCAGACAAAUGCAACGCAACUGCGCAUCCCAGCGGCAAACCCUGCCACCAAAACCUACCACGACUUUGACGAACGCAGUGCCACUCAUGCACAAACACGAAUCUACGAAAACAUCCUCUGCCCAUGGACAGGGGCACAGGACGGAGCCACUGCCCUCGAGCGCCUGAGAGCAAAUAACAUACAAGCAAAAACGGGCGAAUAUGACAAUGUCGACGGACACUACGGAACAACCACUCGAGCGUAUACACCGGAUGAUGAGGGAUCCCAAGAAGUUUACGAAAACGUCCCUUACGUAAGGAAAGGAGAAGAUGAGGGGAAGGAAGUCAUUUACGAAAACAUGACACACUUGCGCAGUGACGUUCCCUCGGGACGUCCCCCUGACGACUCAACCGUUGACGUCACGGGGGGAAAACUGGCGAUGAAGUCAUCGAGUGACUCAAUGACCUCGGACGAGUCUCUGGUGUGGCUUUCUGACUCGUGGAAAUACAACACGAUCAAAAAAGCCCCCGAGUCCAACAUUUUUCAGUUUUGUGAUAUAGAUCAAGUGGAGGAGACGGAUGACGGAAAGGGUGAUGCUUCCAAAAAUAAGAAAAAAAGAGAGGCAAAGACAUCGACGAGGAAUAAGACAGCCGACGGAAAGGGAGACAGCGCCAGGAAGAGAGAAAUGACGCUGGAAAAGGGGAAGAAGAUGCUCCGUAGCAAACUGCCUCUGUUCCGGUGGAAGAGCGACAAACAAAAUAGCGGUGACGAUCAUAAACACGAUCAGAAUAAAACAGAGUCCGACCCCGUCGUAAAACCUGCUCAAACUUCCGACGGAGUCUUAAAACCUGACAAGAAGAGGACCAGCAAAGCUCAGGACCUACCUGAGAGCCCUGCGAGUAUACAUAGAUCCCAGAUACAAAAGCCCUCGACGGGUAAUGCAUCCUUGGGCUUAAAUGACUUCCUCCAAAGGGCAGAAAAAGAUGAUGCUAACCUUUGUAAGGCCGACGGGGGAGGGAAAGAAGGAGGAGGAGUAAGAGGAGAAAGGGGCGGGGCUUCCACUAGUCCCGCUGAAAGCCCAAGUCAUUUUGUAAGGCCAAGGACGUACAAAUCGACCCAGAAUGAGCUGGAGGGGACUUCCAGAAGUCCCUCCUUAAGAUCGGCCAAGUCCGGACUUGCCGGAAAAGUGAACAAAUUUAAGCAAACAGGAAAAGAAGAGGGGAGGAAGGGCAGAGGCAACAUGUCGCUGGGUGUUCAGUCCUGUGGCUCAACUUUAAUCUCCCCAGGCCAACAGCGCCCUUCUCCGUCCCCGCAGAUGGCACACAGAGCGAGAGCAAAGGGAGGGGAGGCGGCUACCCCCACCCCCUCCCCAUCUUCCAUCUCGAAUACCUCCUCCUCCUCCUCCUCCUCCUCUUCCACCUCCUCCUUUCUUCCUCUCAUUCCGUCACCUAAUACAUCGGGAGGGAAAAUUUCCCAAAAGACUCGUAGGGGAAAUUUACCUUUAGAAAGCCUCUCCUUUCCCCUUUCCUCCUCCUCCUCCUCUUCCUCCAUCUCUUCCUCUUUGACCAACGUCUCCUCUUCUUCCUCUAUAGAAUGCGAAAGAGACGCAAUCCAAGAAGAGCCUCUAGGCAGCCUCGACAGAAAGAAUAAAUCCCGUCAUCACCCGCUGAAGGGACACGAAGAGAAGAAAAACAGACAGACUGCCUGGCCACAGUCCCCUCAAAUCAAACGCCCUUGCCCUCGACUGUCAGACCCGAGGAGGCAAGUGUGCAUGAAGGCCCAGCCGACGUCCCUCCGCCAUCCCCUGACGUCGCAAAAUGACCUUGAAGAAACACACUCGGGGACAGACUCGAACCCCGUCUCUCGAGACCCACUAAAACACCAGCGGCAGCAGCAGCCCAUAAACUCGUACCCCGACAAAAAGUCAUCUGCCGCUACCGUCGCGUCUCGCGAACAGACUCCGAAACCCGAAGGAAGGAAAAGGAACGAGGGAGAAAAGAGAGGCGCAGACACCGAACGAGAUGGAAACGGAGAGAUGAAAUCCAAAGAAAAGUCCGGUUCCUCCAUGUCCCCUUACAAUACCAUUUCGAAGACAGAUCGCAGAAAACGGAAGACGGAAAACGAUAACGAUGCCGAUAAUGACGCUACUGAUGAUGAUGAAGGCGAUAAGAGAAAUGCCGACAGAGAAACGGGACGGAGACAGGCACCAGCAUCCUUAGCAUCCCGAAACGGGGGGAAUUUCGCACCUCCGCCAGAAUCGUCCUGGGAAUUGAAGAAAAGCCCUACAUCCAGGAAGGCACUGAGGGAACUACACUAUUCUAACAACAUCCCAGGAUGUCAAAGGCCCCUUCCAUCGCCAAGUCCUUCAUGUCCACCUUCAGUUGAGGACAGACAGGGGCCACACUCUUACCAGUACUACAGCCUCCCACAAUUGUACGUGGGCUCUCAAGAUCAUUCCCAGUCCCAUGGCCCACUAGAGAAAGACCACCAUUUUGAUGCUUCCCCCUUCAAGCCCUAUUACAUGAGUGACUUGUACAGGACACCCAUUCCAGGGAUUUCUAAGAACAGGAGAUAUUCUCAAACAUCUCUAAUUGACCAAGCUCUCGAGAGUCUAGAACUUUCAUCACUAAAUGACACGGAAUGCGAGUCGCCUGCUUUUAAUCAGAGAUAUUUACAAAGACCUAAUCAAAGGCAGGACAAUAGCUGGGUAUCUAGUUCCAGGAGGUCUUCAACGAUAGCAACAUCUCCAGUUCUACCUCCACUGCCAGCAGGUGUUUUGGACCGUGUAUCUCCAGAACCGAUGGAGGCUGUGAACACCUCCACUGAAGACCAAGCUAAUCUUGCAUCAGUUUGUAUUCUGUCAUUUGAUCUUACCCUAGACUGUGAAGAAUUGAGCAACAGUGGUUUCAAAGUUGUAAAUAUAAGAAAUAACUGUCACGAAGAAACCCCCAUGGAACAUAAAAAAUCUGAUGAGAAAGAACUUACCGACAGUCUUCUCUGUGAAAGCAAUACACUGGAAUUUGUGGAUGAGGAUAACACAUUUGAGGUUACCGAAGAAGACUUAAUGGAAGAAAUUGAAUGUGAUAAUUGCGAAAGUGAUGAUACAGUGUCUAACCGCAGUCUCAGUCUUUCUAUUGAUGACAAGUAUUUUGAGAAUGAUGACUUUGAUAAUAUAGAAGAUGAUCCCUGUGACUUCAUAAGUGAAGGAGAACAAGAACAGCUAGACCAAAGUGCAGCCUUGCUUCCAGAUAACCAGAGAAACAAUGAUGCUGAGGAACGUAAUAAGGAAAAAGAUGCUGCAGAUGAGGAUGAAGAUUUCAUUGAGAUUGACUGUGAUGUACAGCCAAUGGAGACUUUGAAGCGGCCCCUUGUAUAUGGCUAUGGAACUGGACCCGUUCAUUCAUUGAAAGGUAAAUCUUUCUUAGACAAGCGGCUUUCCCUAGCAUCUGACUAUUCAGAGUACAUGGAGAUGGAUAUUGCAGAGUCCUUGAGUAAACAAGGAACUACUGAAGAGGUCAGGAAAAAGAGUGAGAGCUGCAUGAAUCUGAGGGAAACUUACUGGGAUUACUGGCAAGCUAAACAAGGCAUGAAAGGUCAACUUGGUUAUUAUUCUUCAUCAGAAAGCUCUGCCAAUUGCUCUCCUAAACGGCCUAGCUGUCCCUCUGAAAGGUUUUGCUAUGACCCGGAAGUUUUACUUGCACAUGUACGGUGCCCAAAAUCCCUCGAAGAUGCCACUUUCAGGCAAUAUUCUGCUUAUGUAAAAUCUCACAUUUAUGACUACUUUGGUAACGUACAAGAAGCACUGAAUGAAUAUGGAUUAUCAGCUACCCAUCGAAACUGGAUCAGCAGCCAGCCUGAUCUUUUACCAGAUACAUCAAAUUAUGCUCAGAUGUCAGAUCAUAUCCCUUUAGACUAUUCAAGUGAACCAGAGUUACCCAGUGGAAGUGGAGGAGAUUCAAAAUACAGAAUACCAUCCCACCAACUGCCAAAGAGAGCACCUCCUCCUAGGCCACCACCUGAACCCCUCCAGAGGCGAGAUCCUUCUCAAGAUUCUGGAACCUGGACUUAUCUUCAGUCAUCUCAAGAAUUUGCUCUAGACGUAUCUGCUUCAGGAGCUUACCCAGUUCCAUUGCCAAGGUCCACCUCUUCUCUUAGCCAUAUUGUGCCCAAUACUCCCAACCCAUGGCAACACCUUCUCACUGAUAUCACACCACCCAGAACACCAAGGCACAGUCUUUAUGCAACUACCAAAAGUAAAGGACCAGUAUCUCAAUCAGCAUCCUCCAGCCCAAGCAGAGGAACACAUUCAUCCACUACAGUUGCCUCUGAAACCACAAGGUCAGACAUGAACUCCCAUCAAGCUCCUAAAUCAACUCUGUGUUCAACGCUAGCUCAGCUGCCUCAGCAGUCAUCACCAAGUACUUCUAGUAAAAGGUCAUUUUUCCCCAGUCUCUCAAAAGUGGUCAAAUCUCCUCUAAAGAGGCCAAGUCCAAGACCAAAGACAAUUGAAAAAGAGAACUCAAUAGAUGUGCUGUCAGAACUACCUGUAGUUCAUCCUUCCAUACAAAAGAGAACACACACGACCACUUCUUCAAAGUCUUCAUCUUCAUCGUCUUCAUCAUCAUCAGCCUCCAGUAAAGACAGUGUGGCAACCGUUAUCCCAGCUUCAGCACGGAACAAGGGUCCAAACUGGUUAAUGAAGCAUUUUGGAGGGGCCAGAUCAAAGAUGACAGCUGUGUGAAAGUGGGAUGCCAGUUCUUAGCUAUUAUUAAAGUUGGUAACUUUUUUUGUACUUGAAAACAGCUGUAACAAGCAAUUUACCAUACUUUGUGUGAAACUUGAAUCUUCACCAGGGAAAGGAUCCGACGAUCAUCAUCCCAACAUGGUUUUACCUCGUGCCAAAGAUUGAACUGUUGUGUAGAAUGCUGAGCUAUGGCAGCUGAUGUCUGAUGAUGAGUCACUGACUGCUGCCAUAGCCUACAUUAUGCUUGAUUUUGAUGGAAGCCACUUCAUAUUUUGGUAUAAAGGUAGAUAAAAAGUAGUUAGCGAGACAGGUGCUCAAUUUCUCUGUACUCAGAAAGACAGGGCAAUGAUUUUGUUCCGUGCUGUUCUGGGAUGGAAACUGAAUAGUUACACUGCCACUGAAGAUGUCCCCAGAGUUGAAGUCUCCCCAUUACACAAAAAUUUGAAUAAACUAAAUCACAACCUUAAUGACAAGCGAUCUGAAACAUAAGCAUACGUGCAACAAAAUAAUGUUGUCUUGUGUUUGAAUAAUUACUGGAAAAAUUAACUUCCCUCACUAAUAAAGUACUACUAAGUGUGAUAAUUUCCUAAUGCUCAUGAACUUAUAAGUUCAGUAUCCAGUGAUGACAGUCACACUCAAACCAGUAACAGAUCUGUAUUACAGAAAUGUAAUAAUUUCAAUGUGUGGAAAAAUUUGACUAAACUUUAAAAAACUGAAGUGACAAUAUACAAUAAAUGUGCUAAAGAAAAAUAAACUUAUAAUCAGAAAAUGACUCAUUAACAAAAGUGGAAAAAUAAGACAAGGGAAAUUUGAAUGUGAAAUAUAUGAGACUAUCCGCUUUCAUGCUGAAAAUAGGUAAACAUCUAAACAUGAGCAGCCAAACCAACUGAUAAAACAAAAGCAGGAUAAAGAGCGAUGCAAACGAUUCAUGAACAGUUAAAUUUCAUGAUAUUAUUCCCUGAAAAACAAAGUGAAUGUUGUGAGAAAAUCAAUGAUUCAAAGAUGACGGAAAAAUAAGGUAAAAACACAAUGACCCACUGGUUAGGAAACCGAAGAUGGAGACUUUUCACAGGGUUUUGGUGGUAGAGUGAUACUUUAGUGGGACAUAAUAGUCUUUAUUUUCAUAUAUAUAUAACAAUGCUUAUUAGUUAGGAUGCAUAAUUUUGUACUUGUUCUUCUUUGAUUGUUUAAACGGUUUACAAUAAUAGCCAACAAAUAUUACUGUGUGGCCGAGAAGGACCGUUACUUGAUUUGGCGGGUGACGGGUGAGGGAGAAUGGUUGAAUCUCUUAGGAAGAGAACCCCUUGACGAAUAUAUGGCUUACUUGUUUAAGUUGUGAAGUCUACAGUGAGAGUGAAUUGUGUUUCAGAGUCAGGGUCAGGAAUGCUAAACCCUUGGUCAUGUUAUUCCUGAUCAAGAAACAAAUGCCGAAGAAAUAAUCUAUAUGGUAUCUUCUUUGGAUGCGUUGUUGUGUAGGUGGAUAAUUCCCCCAAAAAAUCAUGUAAUUUAAUGGCCGAAAUAUCAACAACAAAAUCUAUUAAUUAGCAUUGUAAUUGUCAACCUGAAUCAGCAUUACUACUUUUAAUAUUGUUCAUACAUUACAACUGUUAUCCUGUACUUGUUGCAUAAUACUCUUAAAUUGUGUAAUGUACAAUAAUGGUAAAAUGUGUAAAUAUCCAGAAUAUAGCAUAAUCUGAUAGAUGGGCUGCUCUGAAGGAGCAUUUUUACAGACCUUUGGUAAAGAUUAUCUUGACUAUCCAUACAGUAGAGCAUCUUCAACAAUGCCACUACCCCCUGGAAAAGAUGCAGUUACCUAGUGUAUCCAGAGAGCAUCCGGAUGGCUGGAACUUGCUUUCGAGAAACACUGGGCAACAGAGCAGUCUACGGGACUUGGUGUCUACUAUAUAGCUUACAACAAAAACACAAAGCCACCGUUCAGUUUUCUGUGAGACCUCCAGUUGAUCGAGUAGCGGAACCUCUCGACGAAAGUCAUCUACAUUACUGUUAGGCCAGAAGUCUUGUAGCUUCUAGAUCACGCAAUGCAAGAGCAAAAUCAAUCAUGUGUAAGAACUCGGUAUGGUCUGCUGCCAUGCCAAAAUAGACCGUCUGGCAACUUGUGUAGAAAGAAAUAGUCUGCGAAAUGCCAGAGGCAAAAUUUAGGAAGUGGCCUCACCCAUAAAAUUCUGCCCAGAGGUCAAACGCCAAUAUACAGUUCAUUAGGAAGGAAUAGUAAUGAUUUAGUUGUAUCUUACACAUCAUUGUAUAGAACACCCAUAUAAUAUUGACUUCAAAAACUAGGCUAACACUUAAAAAGAUAAAUAUGUCAAAAACACAUAUUUUGUACUUGGCUGUGCGAAUGAAAGUUUAUUGUAAGACUAUAGGCCUAUGCAUGGAAUGGACACACACACAGACGAAUGUGGUUUGCAUUUGGGUAAAUUUCUUCUUUGAUGUGUUUCAUGAGUUUGCCAAAUAUGACGCCCUACAAUGAGGGAGAUAACUGAGUUCCAUUAAAGUGAAUAACAACAUUUAAUGAUCACUUAUUUUCUAAUUCAUUGUGAAUUAAUAUAGGCCUAUUUUUCUCAGUAAACUAAAAUGGUUAGCCCAGUUGUUGUGGUCGCUACAUUUUCGUGGCAAAUAUACAAUGAUUUUUGCAUAACCAAGAACAGUUGUCUUUUUAAAAGCUGCCUUUCUUGAGGACCCAUCUUAUAGCACCCUUCCAAGUGAGCGGGUUCACUUGUACUUUAGGUGAGCGAGUCACGUCACAGUUUAAGGAUGGGGUCCAUAGCAAGACUUCUGCAGCACCAGGAAAUCAGAGUAUACCAGAUGAAAGACUUCUUAUCCAGGUUAUGCCUAAAUCAGUGCAAGCAGUUCUGCCUCUUGUCAUAUAGAACAUCUCAGCAACUUUCUGACGCCUGACAUAUAUGAGAAACAAAAACAAAAAAAAGAUGAACGCUCUAAACCCUUUCUAGUCUUAGCAAUAUAUAUAAUAUAACCAUAAUAAAGAUAUCCCCAAAUAUUGCACAAUGUUAAUACCAAGUCCCCCAUUUUAUCUUCAUACCCGAGAGCCUUAACAUAUCAAUAAACAAUGGUAAUAAAA